AUGGUUGGUGAAGUUGAUAUUUUGAUAUUGGAUACAAAGUUUCAUAUAUUAAGAAAAUUAAAUGACAAAACACUUAAAAAUAUUUUUGAAAUUAUAAACAACUUUAGUUUUGAUCUCAUUUCAUCAGGAAUUAUGAAGCACCUAGCCGCUUAUUUGUUAUUAGAACUCGCUGGUAAAACACCCAACGAUAAAAGUAUCAAAUCUCUUCUUGAAUCUGUCGGUAUCGAAGCUGAUGAUAAUAAAAUUAAAAAAUUGCUCAAUGAAUUAAAUAACAAAAAUUCCGAAGAG